AUGCGUCCACUACGGCGGACGAAAGACUUGGAUCUCAAGCAAUAUCCUUUGGCAGCGAGCCCUACCCCGGCCAGUUUGAAAAAGAUACACUUCGAGAUAGGCGGAAAACACACAAUCUUCCGAGAAGCGGAAGAUACCACACUGGCACUAGAGCAGUUACAAGAGGAGCAACGGAUUCUUCGAAAUGCUAAUGGCGCAGUCGAGACCGUGGAGACCUUCCAGCCUUAUACUUCUAUCCGGCCAGCAGGCUCAAAGUUUACCUCUUUCCGACGGAGAGCGCAGAGACGGCCAGCCUCUCCAGAGUCCAUUACUGACAGUGAAGAUCAAACUCAGUCGCACGAACCCUCCUUUGCAUCAAGUCGUGCUGGACCAUCGACGAGAUAUCGCCCCGAACUCGCCGCAUCGAAUUCCUACUACCAAUCUAUAAACCCAAUUACCCCAGACAGUAUUCCGAAAUCCAGCAACGGAUCUCGUGCACUCAAACUGCGAGAUGUACGAGAGCCACGAGAGCAAGAUGGCUCAUCCAGAACCAUGAGUACCCUCCUGCCCUCCCCAAAUAUGAGUCAACAACCACCAUUUCCAAACAUCCAGCCGUCAUCACCACGAUCUAGGCAUUUUCAUUCCCUGGAAUCAGAAGACGGAACUGCCCCUUCCACUGAUCGCUCCCAUCUAGAGCGAAGAAGUCACAGAGAGAUCUCUCAAGAGGCGGCGGUUCCUACGCCCCCUAUAAUCGAUGACGGCGAGUUGUCUUCAGCAAGACCUCUAAGUAGGCGUGCUCUAUCAUCCGUCCCUGCUCGGCUGCAUGUCGCGGAAAGUCCAUCCGUGCAGGAUGGAAGUCUUCCUAGUCCGAGUCUUUCUCCUGUCACAGCUGCUGCAACACUACAAAAUACUGGAUACUUUGCAGACGUUGAUUCAAACUCGGAGAUCGCCUCCCAGCACGAGGGUUUGUCAAGAGUUCUUGUACCGGAUAGACAGUCACCCAACUCUUUUCACUCCCCCGAAGCCGCCGACUUGCAUCCCUAUCACGAUUCUCGCCAGCUCUCCCGCUUCACCAGUGGCUCAGUCGCCGAGAUCCCAGCAAUGCUUGAUUAUUUUGAAGCCAUCCCGGAUGAACUGAAGAGCUACAUUAUGCACCAACUACUCCGCCGGUGCCCUAAGUCUACACUCCAGGUCGUUGCGGAUGCUGUCAACCCUGCGCUCAAGUGCGAUUUCCUCUCCCUCCUGCCGCCCGAAUUGGCACUUAAUGUUCUCAAAUACCUUGAUGUCAAGAGUCUGUGCAGAGCUGCGCAGGUAUCGAGAAAAUGGCGGCAGAUGGUUAAUGGCGAUGAGAGAGCUUGGAAAGAACUAUUCGAUGCAGACGGAUAUACGCUGUCGGAAGGAGAAUUGAAGCAGGCCAUUGCCGAAGGCUGGGGUUGGCAAGAUCCAUCUGGUCCGUCUGGGUACGAAGAGAACAUUGCCGAUUCGACUCCCAGCAGGUACGAUACAUCCGCAGAGGCCCAUUCUCCUGCAGCACAGUCCCAAAAUAGGUUCAGUGAAAUCCUACGCUCGAAGCGAAAGGCCCCCACGAUGUUAUCCAGUCGAAAGAAACAAAUCAAACUUGUCAAGUCCAAUUCCUGGGAUACCUCGGUUGACGUCACCUCUUUUAGCCUGUUGAAGGACUUCUCCGCAGACGGCCCAUAUAACGCGGCACAUUCGGCCAUGGCUGCUGUCCCCCAACCGAACAUCGGUCUACCGAGUCUCACGGGUCUACAUCUUUACAAAUCUCUCUAUCGAAGACACUUUCUUAUCCGGCGGAACUGGAUGUUCGAAGAUGCGAAACCCCAACAUAUCGCAUUCCGCGCGCACGACACCCACGUCGUUACCUGUCUCCAGUUCGAUACCAACAAGAUCGUGACGGGAAGUGAUGAUAAUAACAUCAAUGUCUACGAGACCAAAACCGGGGUCCUGAAGGCCAUCUUGACGGGACACGAAGGUGGGGUUUGGGCUUUGCAAUACGAGGGAAACACACUGGUUUCAGGUUCCACAGAUCGAUCAGUAAGAGUCUGGAAUAUUGAAGAAGCACGGGAAACACAGGUCUUCCGUGGACACACGUCAACAGUGCGAUGUCUUCAAAUCGUGUCUCCCGUCAAAGUUGGAGAAAAUGCAGAAGGAAGACCUAUCAUGAUGCCUAAGCAACCUCUCAUCAUUACGGGAUCCCGUGACUCGACCUUGAGAGUGUGGAAGCUUCCGCGGCCAGAAGAUCCAGUAUUUAUCCAAGCUGAGAACGACCUUGAUACUGAUGAUUGUCCCUACUUUGUUCGCACCUUGUCCGGUCAUCAGCACUCUGUACGUGCAAUUGCUGCUUAUGCAGACACCUUGGUAAGCGGAAGCUAUGAUUGCACAGUGCGUGUUUGGAAAAUAUCCACGGGCGAAACGAUCCACCGCCUUCAAGGCCACACUCAAAAGGUCUACAGUGUUGUCCUCGACUAUGACCGCAACCGCUGUAUAAGUGGUUCCAUGGAUAACAUGGUGCGCAUCUGGGAUCUAAACACUGGAUCUCUCAAAUAUUGCCUGGAGGGCCACACAUCCUUGGUCGGUCUGCUGGACUUGAACUGCGAUAAACUCGUAUCUGCAGCAGCCGACUCGACCCUCAGGAUAUGGGAUCCAGAGACUGGACAGUGCAAGGCUACUCUGAGUGCACAUACCGGUGCUAUCACCUGCUUCAAGCAUGACGGCGAGAAAGUCAUAUCCGGGUCUGACAGGACUUUGAAGCUGUGGAACAUCAAGACCGGCGAGUGCGUGAAGGAUCUGCUCUCCGACCUCAGCGGAGUAUGGCAGGUGAAAUUUGAUGAAAGGCGCUGUGUUGCAGCAGUGCAGCGCGAAGGUUUGACGUUUAUAGAGGUUCUAGACUAUGGCGCCGCUCGUGAUGGUGUCCCUAAAUUCAACCUGGGUCGAAGAAUUGUUGUCGAUGCCGAUGGGAUGGAAGCCGAUCACGAUGACAACGGAUAUCUGGAUCUGGACGGCUCCGCUGAUCCGUGA